AUUCCCAAGCAAUCGGCAGUUGAACCUAUAAAACACAUCCUGCGCUCCGGUAGUGCGUGCCAUCUACUUCCUCAGCUACUGUGUUGGGAUACGCUCUCUCGGUAUAAAUCCUGGACCCCGAAGGGAGUAAUCAGACAAGGUCCUACUGCCUCACCGUUAGUCUUACUUUGGAAAUCCGCCUUGUGUUCCCUGCCCCCAACUAUUGUUUCAUUCGUUUGGGAAGCUCCGUCUAGCCGCAAGUGAUCGUUCGAACCCAGCACAUAAAACCACAGUGCACCUGGAUACCAGAUGCUCUUGCCCUCCUAGACUUAAACACUGAAAAGGAACGGAAAAAAAACCCCUCGUUGCGAAUCGCGCAUAUGAUUGCGUUACAAAACCAAGCUGUUCUGCCUCCCGCCAAAGUGGAUAUCUCACUGCUCUUGAAGCCCCAAGAUGAGGAAGAGGCCGCCAUACCGGUGACCACCAAGUCCACUUUUCCGUCAAUCCCAAUUCCUUCAGCUCCAAUGCCUCCAGCAGUUUCUGUUAUGGCCCCAGCAUCGGCGCCUUCUAUGCCUCUCACCAAAACCCCCUCAUCGCUUCCCGCCAAACGUCUUCAACCAGCUCAUACAGCGGAAUCGCCGGCGAAAAAGCAGUCAAAGUGGUCUCCAGAGGAAGAUGCCUUGAUCAUCGAGUUACGUGGCAGUGGCAUGAAAUGGGAGGACAUUAGCAAACGACUUCCUGGACGAAGUGCUAUUAGUUGCCGUCUCCACUAUCAGAACUAUUUAGAGCGUCGAAGUGAGUGGGAUGAAGACAAGAAGAAUAAGCUCGCCAGAUUAUACGAAAGAUUCAAAGCGGAAAUGUGGUCUAAAGUAGCUGAAGAAAUGGCAAUUCCAUGGAGAGCCGCAGAAGCGAUGCAUUGGCAACUAGGAGAACAAGAAAUGGCGCGUCGAGCAGGCGUAGUACCUUUUUCACUAUCGAGUUCAGCCAUUGACCCGCCGGCUCCUAGAACACGCAGAACUAGCACAUCAUUGUCACGACCAAGAAAAGGGUCGGCAUCACGCUCUAUUGCUCCACCACAGCUACCCUCCGUUGAAGAACUCACUGCAGGAGUUCCAGCAUUUGCUCCGCCCCCACCCUUUCCACCUCCGAGAGAUGCCUAUCGAAUAGGACGACCUCUAGAUCUGACCGGCAGCCAUAGUGGUCACUUGGGUCCCAAUCUUGGCAUUCCCCCCCGGACUUUGCCUUAGAGUGAAGGAGACGGUGUCACGGUGUCUAUACCCCUUUCUCUCUCUUCUCUUUUUCUCUUCUCCUUUUCUCUUCUCCUUUUUCUCCUUUGCCUUUUCUAGGGCGGAGAUGUCUCAUCUCUCGUGCGUUGUAACGACUUGCAUAGCGUUGGUUGAAUAUCUACCUUCGUUCGUGGGAAGUAU